UAAAUCUAGAUACUAUACAUAAACAAAUAAGCCUAACAAAACACGAUUUUAAUGUCAACUUUUUCAUAUUUUAUUAGCCGAAAAACCCAAUUUUUAUAUAUUUUUUAUUGUUAUUGAUUUUUACAUCGGAAUUCCUUUGAAUUGUUCAUUUUUAAAUUUGUUACCGUAUUUAGUUCCUAUCGUACUUGUAACCGCGCACACAUUGAGUACAUUAUUUUACCUUGUCAAAGCGAAUACACAUUCAAGUCAGAAUGUCUCAAUUCGCUUAUGUUAAUGAUCUCAAAAGUGCUGUCCGGAUGGAUGACCCAAUCACUAGUGGGCCAGCACCCCGCUGGAUGAAGAAAAGUAUUGAAUCAAACUCGAGUUCGACUAGUAUAUCUAGAAACAAAUUAUCUACCUCGAGUUCAUUCAGUGCCAAUAUGAAAACAUCUAAAGAAAGUAUGGAUCUACUUGCAACAAAACGAACACCAUCAAAAACACCAAAAAAAUCUAAAUCUCCUGCUUCAAGAUCAGCAUCUAAUACUCCGGCUAAGCCCAAAACACCAGGUGGUGAUAGAUUUAUUCCAUCCAGAAUGUCCACUAAUUUUGACAUCAGUCAUUUUAAAAUGAACCAAGAAAAUGAAAACCUUGACGUAAGUCCUACUCAAACGGACUACAGGAAAGCCAUGUCUGAAAAUCUUCAUGGUUGUGAUAUUAGUAAUGUUCGUGUUUUGUCUUAUCAAAACAAAGCACCAGCACCUCCAGAGGGCUAUCAAAAUGCUUUAAAAGUUGUUUACAGUCAAUCAAAAACACCUAUGAAUGUACGUGGAACAACUCGUUAUAUACCACAUGCACCAGACCGUAUACUAGAUGCACCUGAAAUAGUAGAUGAUUACUAUUUAAAUCUUAUCGACUGGAGCUUCUCCAAUAUGCUAGCUGUUGCUCUUGGCACCAGUGUUUAUCUCUGGAAUGCUGACACUGGUGCCAUUGAUCAACUCUUAGAUUUAGAAGGUGCUGAUUAUGUUACCUCUUUAAGUUGGGUUCCUAAUGGAAAUUUAUUAGCUGUUGGAACUGCUUUGGGGCCUGUACAACUAUGGGAUGCUUCUCAAACAAAACGUUUACGUAUAAUGAAUAGUCACAGUUCUAGAGUAGGUGCUAUGACAUGGAAUACUCAUAUUCUAACUACUGGAUCUAGAAGUGGACAACUUAUUCAUAAUGAUGUACGUCAAAGAGAGCAUGUUGUAGGAACUAUUCAAUCUCAUACACAAGAGGUCUGUGGUUUAAAGUGGUCUCCAGAUGGUCGUUAUUUGGCCAGUGGAGGUAAUGAUAAUUUACUCAAUAUAUAUAGUGGCUUACCUGGACAAGCUACCUAUCAAAGUGAACCUAUUUAUAGUUUUAGUCAACAUCAAGCAGCUGUUAAAGCUUUAGAUUGGUGCCCAUGGCAAACUAAUAUAUUAGCCAGUGGUGGUGGGACUGCUGAUAGACAUAUAAGAUUUUGGAAUUGUAACAAUGGUCAAUGUGUCAAUUCAGUAAAUGCUAAUUCUCAAGUGUGUGCAAUUUUAUGGUCAAAAACUUACCGGGAAUUAGUUUCUGCCCAUGGUUUUGCAAAUAAUCAACUGACUAUUUGGAAAUAUCCUUCCAUGACCAAGGUUGCUGAACUUACAGGACACACAAAUCGCAUACUAAAUCUUGCAAUGUCACCAGAUGGUUCAACAGUCUUAUCUGCUGGUGCAGAUGAAACAUUACGCAUGUGGAAAUGCUUUUUACCGGAUCCAAACAAAAAGAAAGAACAAGAGAAGCGUUCCAUCAGACCUACUUUGUUGGGUCCAGGUUUAAGAUAAAUAAAAGACUUAAUUUUUAUAAAUACUUGUGUUACAAUUUUUUAUUGAUUAACUUUAAAAUCCUUUUUUUCUACUAAUUAUACUUGUCUAAUUAUUUUUCAAUUGUAUUUUCUUUAUAUUAACAGUUAUAUUCAGAGAAACUUUUUGAUGACCACAUUUUUUGAACAUUUAAAUGUGCAAAUGACUUUUGUUGACAAAAAGACAUUAUUUUAUACGACUUUAAAAAAAUUAUUAUUUAAAAUAAAUUAUUAUUAAAUUAAUUUUUGAAUGAAGUCUAUGUACUUUUAUUGUACAUCCUUGGGACGACUAUGUAAUUAUAAUUGUUUUAAUAAUACUUUUGAAUUAAAAAUUAUAAAA